UUUCCAUUCUUCACGCUCUACAAGGUCACAGAGACAUCUCAGAGACUUCAGAGACGAGCCCAGAACACCCACGACCCAUACCAACCGCCCCAAUGUCCGGUGACGACUCGCGACCCGCUAAAAAGCCAAAGCGCACUUAUCGCGCCUGCUACCCAUGCCGCUCGCGCAAGCUCAAGUGCAGCUUUGGUGACCCGAAUAUGCCGUGGGACGGCCCAUGCGAGCGGUGCUUGCGUGAGCAGCGAGAAUGCCUGCGUGCAAAGGCGACGUUUGUCAAGGACGCAGUGCCGCGCAAGUCCGACCUAGCCGAGGGGACAGUGUUCACAUCGAGCACGGGCAUCGCCGCAGUCGUCGACCAGAGACGGUCGGUCCCACCGAGCGGCGGAAGCCUCAUGUUUCCCGGACCUCCUGGGCAGCUGAGCCGGCCGUCUAUGGGCCAACUCCACCAGAUGCAGCACGGUCGCUACGGACCGCGACCUCACGCCGGUUCGUUCUCCGAUCCGGACGUCACGCCAGACGUGGCUGAGGGGAGCGGGAGCCGGGCCAACGGUGCGAGCGGGAGCGGGCGGGGCAGUGUCGGGAGCCUGCGCGGCGGCGAGCUCGAGGCCGACCCGCCGGUGCUGCGUGACGACAAGGGCGCGCACUCGAGCGACGAGGAAGAGGACGACGACGCCGGCGACAAUGCGCUCGUCAGCUCCAACCUCCAGAACCCGAGCGACGCGCUCAAGCUCCUCGCGAGCGCCAGCAGCCUGCAGUACCAGAGCCUCAGGGAGGCGUCGGCCAGCCGCCUCAAGGAGCAGCAGCAGAAGACUGCCGCGCAGCAGCAGCAGGCUAAGCGAGGCAACAAUGCCGCGACGUGGCUUUCAUGGGCGCCGAUUGAGCAAGGGUGUCUGACGGUCCAGGAUGCCCGUGCUCUGUUUUCUUUCUUUGAGCUCUCAAUGGCACCGCUGUACCCGAUCAUCCACCCCAUGCUGUUCGAGGCGAGUUACCUCGAGACGCUGGUCAAGCAGGAGUCGAUUCUGCUCGGAAGCAUACUGGUUAUCGCGGCGCGCUACUCGAAUGUCCUUGCUAAUGAUCGUGGCGCGCACGUUCACGAGCGGCUGUCGCAAUGGGUGCGGUUCCAGCUCCUCGGCGUCAUGGAUGGCGACCCGGCCCUGCGGUCGAUCAGCACGGUCGAAGCGCUUCUGCUGCUGAGCGAGUGGCCCAUGGUGCCCAUGUCCAAGCCCGAGGACACUCACUUUGGCGACGAUAACGCGCUGGACGAGGCGGUGCUCUUGCGGCCAAGCCUGCGUUACGACGCCUACGCGUGGACCAACAUUGGUUGGGCCGUCCGUCUGGCGCAAGAGCUCGGCAUCCACGACGCGGUGCACCUCCAGCGCAUGAUGGGGACCGUGGGCAAGUCGUGGAAGCAGCACCGAAUGCUCAAGACCUGGGUUUACUGCUACAAUGCGGAGAGACACAUUGCCGUGCGUCAAGGUCGCAACACGGUGCUGCAGGAGGCCAUGACGACGCAGUGGUGGGAGUCUGUCUCGGACCUGGUCGGACACGACAACCGCGGCCCAAGAGGCAGCAGCGACGUGCACACCUCCGACGUCUUCAUCCUCAGCUGUAUCGCCCAGCUGAUGGGCACGAUCCAGGACCACCUGUACCCCAACAAGGAGGUGACGCGGGCGUUGCUCCGCACCGGGGCGUGGGAGCCCUUCCUGCGCAGCUUCCGCCUCGAGAUUCGGUACUCGAAACGCUCUGUGCAGUACAAGUUGCGCGACGGCAGCAUCGACUCGGCACUGCUGCAAAUCGAGCUCGACUAUGUCGUGCUGUACGCCAAUGCGAUCGCCCUGCGCGCACUUCAGGGCAAGCUGCGCCGCCGACGCCAGGUCAACGACGUGCACUACUCCAACCCGUCGCUGCUCAACAUGGUCGAGGGCCCGUGGAUCAUGGAGGCGCUCACGGCCGCGCGGUCCAUCAUCGACGUGACGCUCAACGUGCUCGAGCACCGGCAGAUUCUGCGCUACUGCCCGUCCAGGAUCUUCCAGUACAUCCUGUUCGCGACCACGUUCCUUUACAAGGCCUUGGCGUCAGGCAUGGUCGAGUACGGCGAGCAGAGCAUGGCUGUGACGCUGGACAAGGUGGUGUCGGCUCUCAACAGCGCCGCGAUUGACGAGGCACACUUCCUGCGCGGGUUCGCGAGCCUGCUCAAGAGACUCGGCAAGCACUGGCAGUCUGCGAGCGCCAACUCGCCGUCGAUCCUCAACCGCGGCCCGGCGUCGCUCCACCCGCCAGAGCAACCAGGCCCGAUGGGCGCGUCGCCCGAACAGCACGUCGCGCCCGAGGAGCGCGUGCCGGCCAGCAACGCGCCCAACCCGCCGGCACAGCGGCCCGACUCGAUCCUGCCGUCGCUCGCGCACAUGAUCAACAGCCGGGACAUUGAUCCCAGCAUUGCGGGUCUCCCCCAGUUCCACUUUGACAUCCUCCAGCCGUCAGCGGCGGCAUCUGGGCCUGGAGACCUCGCGUCGGGCGGCGGUGCCGGCGCACUGGCGUUCAACACCGACAACAUUGUCACGCACCCGCCAGAAGACUUCAACUGGAACUUCAACCCCACGUCCCAGAUGCCCGCGGCGGCGAGCGAGCAGGACUUGCUCUUCCAGAGCAUCUGGGACCACACGCAACAGGACUCGAACACGACCACGGCGAAUCUGUACGCGACGUUGCUGGGCGACGUCCUUAUUCCCAUGGACCAGGAGGGGGCAUAGUUGUAUAUACACAAUACACGAUUACACGAUUACAGGAUAAUGCCGCAUGUAGAGGCCGUGCGGCGAGUGGCGUAGUGGUGGUGGUGGCCAGAGGCUGAGGGCGAGUGCGCGCCUCUGCUCAGGCCUGCGCUGCGUGUUGACGUGACUUGACGGUCGCCUCACCAGUGUUCUCGCCAUUGCUCAACUCAACUCACAGCACUCAUCUCUCGCAGCAGACAGACUCGCGCCCCUCGACCCAGC